AGAAACGCCUUUCCCCACAUGCGCGCGCGAUGAGAUUCAUGUUUGCCUCGCUCAAUCAGAUAUUACGAUUGGAUGCAUGUGAUCGGGCUGCAGAGAAAAUGCAAUUUGCAAUUGGCUCAUCUGCUUCAAGGAGGGGUUAACCGAGAUAACCCGGAAAAAGAGGAAGAAUAGCUUCUCAGUUCCGACCGAGUCCGAUCGUGGACUGUCAGACUUAUCAUGGCUGGAGCUGGAGGUGACAAGCCUUUUGCCAAGGCCGGCCCAAGCCCUUUAUCUCGGGUUUUGAGAAUCAGUCAGCUGGAUGCUUUUGAACUGGAUGGUGCACUGGAACAGCUUGUUUGGUCACAGUUCACCCAAUGUUUCCAGCAUUUCAAGCCUGGGCUCUUAACCCCUGUGGAACCAGAACUCAAGGCCCUUCUCCAGCUCCUUCUGUGGAGGUUCACCGUCUACUCUAACAGUGCCACCGUGGGCCAAUCACUGCUCAAUAUCCGGUACAAGAAUGCUCUUAUCCCGGGACAGAAGUACCGGCCCAUGAGCCGGCCUCAGAAGUUCUGGUUCGCUCUGCUGACUGUCGGCGAAAAGUGGCUAAGAGAACGCUCCCAUAGCUUGUUCCUCAACCACCCUGCAGAAUCCAACGCACGCAAGGCCCGCAAGGUACUCAGCAUCUUGACGGGCCUUGCCAAAGUGGCCAGCCUGGUCAACUUCCUACUGUUCCUCCAAAGAGGAACCUAUCCAACACUUACCGAAAGGUUGCUGGGAGUGCAGCCUGUUUUCAGGGGACCCCAGGGUCCACGAGACAUCAACUUCCAGUUCUUGAACCGGGAGCUGUUGUGGCAUGGCUUUGCUGAGUUCCUCAUCUUCCUGCUGCCUCUCAUAAAUGUGUGGAAGCUGAAGGCCAGUGUCGCCGCUCUGUUCUCCCCUCUGAAGGAACUGAGAGGAAUGGAGGGUUCAGAGGAGACCCACUGCACUGAGUGCGCCAUCUGCGGGGAGUGGCCCACAAUGCCCCAUUCAGCCGGCUGCAAACACGUGUUCUGUUACUACUGCCUCAAGAGCCACAUGAUCGCUGACAUCUGCUUUACCUGCCCCAAAUGUGGUGUCCAGAUUGGAACGAUAGAGCCAGUCAGGCUUCAUGUAGGAACAGAGUUGCAUCAGAGUUGAGACUUUGCCUCAACCAGCCUUCUGAUUGACUUGGGAUAAGGGUUGGGCGAUGUCUUCAAAUUUGGCAUCGGACGAUGUCUACAGUGAAACAUCACGAUGGACAAUGACAUUGGCGAGGGUAUUGGGGGAGGUGUGCCCGAAGCGUGAAACCUUAUAAAGGAAAACAACUAACGAUUCCUAACACUGUGUCUACACCAGAUGCGAGCGGCACGGCGCGACAAAAUGCUAUAGAACCACUGAUCUAUAAUAGAGAUUCAUUAUAUAUAGAUCAGUCAAUAGAACUCAUUAUAAUCAGUGAUGCUGCUACACUGGAUGUGGCGUGGCAUGACACCACCGCGUUUUUUUAUGACGUGCUGACA